CUGGACCACUUGCACCUGCGCUCCUGCACAAAAAGGGGACUACACCUCACCAAAUAAGGACAUGUGAGAGCCUCGUUGGGGAUGACGUUAAACGUGAAAUGGGGAAGAACGGGAGCGCGUGGACCGUUUAGAUGAGGGACCUAACGCGGAGAAGGAACGCCGAGCUAAUCUGGUUACAUAAGAAGCCAUUGUAUUUCCAGAACAUCUCUGCGCUAAUCUGCUGAACUAUUCAUGCUCAACUGUCCCGCGGCGGCGUAACAUACAGGACGGGCGCGCGCGCACACUUGUGGCUCAGAAGGCUCAGAAGCUUCUUCUGCUUUUGGCAGCGUGUGAAACCAGAUAAAUACAUACAGUGAUAUACGUUCACGGAUCCCCGCAAAAGCUGCCAUGCCUCAUUUUGCAACUGGCGGCGUGUGCUGCUCGCGCCCGUGACGAUUCCGCUGACGCGCCAAUAGCCGCACCACCCCAGAGAGACAGAGGAGAGCUGCGAGCGACUGACUGGACACCAGUCUCUCUUUCUCUUUCUUUUCCCACCCCUUAACGACCGCGGACGGACGCCUUCUGCUGUGCAAAACCCGUGGACGAAAUUUAAACUACUAACAUCAUCCAGGCUCUUCUGCAGAGAUGGAGGUACCAGGUUUGGCGCACAACAUCAGCAGUCCAUUAAGUCCCUGCGAGGGGAUGAUCAAGGACCUAAGCUUGGACGCCAUACAGUUAUGCGAACGAGAUGGAAGUAAAUCCCAGGACGGCAGCAUCUCUGAGAUGGAGGAGCUCCCUGUUCCUCAGAACAUCAAGAUUAGCAACAUCACCUGUGACUCUUUCAAGAUCUGCUGGGACAUGGAGGCACGCAGCAAGGAGCGCAUCACACACUAUUUCAUUGACCUGAACAAGAAGGAGAACAAAAACUCAAACAAGUUCAAACACAAGGAUGUUCCUACCAAACUGGUGGCCAAGGCAGUACCCCUGCCCAUGACGGUCCGGGGCCACUGGUUCCUGAGCCCACGCACAGAGUACACAGUGGCUGUCCAGACUGCAUCAAAACAGGCUGAUGGGGACUACUCUGUGUCUGAGUGGAGCGAAAUUAUUGAAUUCUGCACUGCUGAUUACUCCACAGUGCAUCUAAACCAGCUGCUGGAGAAGGCGGAGGUCAUUGCUGGGCGGAUGCUGCCUUUCUCUGUCUUCUACAGAAACCAGAAUAAAGAGUACUUUGAUCAUGCCAGGGAGGCGCAAGAAAACCGGAUGCUGCCCUCUAUUAAAGACAACAGUGGCAGCCAUGGCUCUCCCAUCAGUGGUAAGCUGGAGGGCAUCUUUUUCAGCUGCAACACAGAGUUCAACACUGGCAAGCCCCCGCAGGAUUCCCCGUAUGGUCGCCAUCGCUUUGAGGUGCGGGCUGAUGCGCUCUUCAACCCUGACACCAACCUGUACUUUGGAGACUUCUACUGUAUGUAUACAGCCUACCACUAUGUGAUUCUGGUCCUAGCACCGAAAGGCUCAAGGGGUGAUGAGUUUUGUAAGCAGAGGCUUCCUUUGCUCGACAUCAGCAACAACCGUUUCCUUACCUGCAAGCAGGUUGAAGAGGGUGAUGGUGGUUUGGUGUUUCACCACGCCCAAGAUGUCAUCUUGGAGGUGAUCUACACAGAGCCUGUAGACCUAUCCUUGGGCACAGUGGCAGAGAUCAGUGGGCACCAGCUGAUGAGUCUCUCCACAGUAAAUGCCAAGAAGGAUCCCAGCUGCAAGACCUGCAACAUCAGCGUGGGACGCUAGGGGCAGAAUGUUUAAAAGGAAAAAGAGCGUAGGAGGGGGGGGGAGUAACUGACCUCUACUCACACAAAGGAAGUCCACAUGUACUGAUGAAGCAGACCAACACAUGCAUGAAGCAGAUUUAGUAGGCUAACACCAACAUAUCUCUGACACUGCUCUGUACUCUCAAAAGACCAUCAUUCCCAAAGAAGAGUGGAGAAAAAGACGAAGGUAUAACACUCUGACACCUGCACCAUUGUCUACUCAUCUGAGGGUGGGUUAUCCUAAUGUUGAAAACAGAAACAUAUAAAGAUAUCUUAGGAGUCAGCAGACUGAAAUAUGUAAACCUGGGACACCAACGACACAGAUCCAUCUACCCAUCCGGCAAGUCUCACUUACAAAACCCUUUAACUGUACUAACAAACAUGGGCUGCUUCAUUUCAAUUUCCUGUUGUUUCUCAAAUCAGUUGUCCCAUACUUUAUUGGCCUAUGCCUUGCUCUUAUAGAUAUACUGUUAACUGCCCACUGUGUGUGUGGACAAUUUCUUUUUUCUGAUUACAUUGUCUUAUUUUAUUGUCAUUUUUUACGAUGUUUGAUUGUCAUUGAACAGUUGACAAAUUGUUUUUACCUCCUCCUAGUGGCAUGGACUGGUACUACAAUUUUCUAGGGCUGCAGCAUCGAUAGUCAUCUUGAUUUAUACCAAAGGUAUUAAAAACCAGACAUAAAACCGCUGUGGAAUCUUAACCGUACUAAUGCAACAGCCUCUGAAAUGUGUAUUCACCGAGUCUUUGAUGACCAAGAGUGAACUAUUUGUUUAAAAAAAAAAAAAAAAAA